GGAGUCAAUGAGAGAGAAAAAGGGGCGUCUGGAAGGGAUAACACUCUGGCACUGUUUGCUCUGAAGGAACGACUAGAAGCCACACUCACUGCUCCAUCAGCUUCACAUGUUGCACAUCUGGAUCGCCCGCUGCUCUGCGACAAACUCGCACUCUCUGCGCGCACAGCGCAACUGCCACUCGCAAAGGACCAGCUGAUUCCCAAAGUGCUUCAUAGUCUAGAUAGGACCUUUUUUUUAUAUAUAUAUAUAUAUAUUAUAUUAAAUAUAUUUUUUUUUAAAUUGGAAGGGAAACGUGGAAGCUCUUUUCCACUUUAUAUAUAUAUAUAGAAUUUAUUACUUUUAUAGACCAGUAUUUUUUGUUAUUUAAUUGAUCCUGCUGGCUGACCAAAGCUCCUCUGAUAAUACCUCAGUGUUGGGACCUGGGCUGGCGGACCACACAGCAGACUGCAGCCCUAGUGACCACAGGACCAAGGCAAUAACCAAGAUGCACUGUGAACGGUUUAUAUGCAUCCUGAGAAUAAUUGGGACAACUCUCUUCGGAGUCUCCUUGUUACUUGGAAUCUCAGCUGCUUAUAUCGUUGGUUACCAAUUUAUCCAAACAGACAACUAUUAUUUCUCAUUUGGACUCUAUGGGGCGAUUUUAGCCCUCCACCUUAUUAUCCAAAGCCUUUUUGCCUUUCUGGAACACCGAAAAAUGAAACGAUCUCUAGAAACCCCCAUUAAACUGAAUAAAUCAGUUGCCCUAUGUAUUGCUGCAUAUCAAGAGGACGAAGACUACUUACGGAAAUGUUUACUUUCGGUCAAGCGCUUGACGUACCCAGGAAUGAAAGUCAUCAUGGUGAUCGAUGGAAACUCGGACGAUGAUCUCUACAUGAUGAAUAUCUUUCGUGAGAUUAUGGGGAAUGACAGCUGCGCCACUUACGUAUGGAAAAAUAACUUCCACAUGAAAGGCCCCAACGAGACGGACGAAACGCACAGAGAGAGCAUGCAGCACGUAACGCAGAUGGUUCUCUCCAAUAGAAACGUGUGCAUCAUGCAGAAAUGGAAUGGGAAGAGAGAAGUCAUGUACACCGCGUUCAAGGCACUGGGGAGAAGUGUGGAUUAUGUGCAGGUAUGUGAUUCUGACACAGUGCUUGAUCCGGCGUCAUCAGUGGAGAUGGUCAAAGUACUGGAGGAAGACAUCAUGGUUGGAGGAGUGGGUGGAGAUGUGCAGAUUUUAAACAAGUACGACUCAUGGAUUUCCUUCCUGAGUAGCGUCAGAUACUGGAUGGCGUUUAACAUUGAGAGAGCAUGCCAGUCUUACUUUGGCUGUGUGCAAUGCAUUAGCGGCCCGUUGGGGAUGUACCGCAAUUCCCUUCUCCACGAAUUCAUUGAAGACUGGUACAACCAAGAAUUUUUGGGUUCCCAGUGCAGUUUUGGGGAUGACCGUCACCUAACCAAUCGAGUUUUGAGUCUGGGCUAUGCAACCAAAUACACGGCCAGAUCCAAAUGCCUUACUGAAACACCCACCGAGUACCUACGGUGGCUCAACCAGCAAACGCGAUGGAGCAAGUCCUACUUCCGAGAAUGGCUGUACAAUUCAUUGUGGUUCCAUAAACAUCACUUAUGGAUGACCUACGAAGCUGUGAUUACUGGAUUCUUUCCUUUCUUCCUCAUCGCCACUGUCAUCCAGCUCUUCUACCGUGGAAGGAUCUGGAACAUCCUCCUGUUCUUGCUGACAGUACAACUUGUAGGCCUUAUCAAAUCUUCCUUUGCUAGUGCCCUCCGAGGGAACAUAGUCAUGGUCUUCAUGUCCUUCUACUCAGUGUUAUACAUGUCCAGUUUACUACCUGCCAAAAUGUUUGCCAUUGCCACCAUCAACAAGGCAGGUUGGGGCACAUCAGGAAGGAAGACAAUAGUUGUGAAUUUUAUAGGACUGAUUCCUAUAACCGUUUGGUUUACAAUUCUCCUUGGGGGCGUCUGCUACACUAUUUGGAGGGAAACAAAAAAGCCAUUUUCAGAAUCUGAAAAGAUAGUUCUCGCCGUUGGUGCAAUACUUUACGCAUGCUACUGGGUCAUGCUUUUGACUAUGUAUGUUUCUCUCGUCAUGAAGUGUGGCAGGCGGAGAAAGGAACCACAACAUGACUUGGUGAUUGCUUGAUGUAUGAUGAUACAGAUGUGCCUGAAAAAGUACAAACAUUAUUAUUAUUUUUCUUAAAUGUCAAAAAAAAAGCCUUCCGCUUUAGGAAAUCUAAGUAUUACCGACAUGAAUUCAUGUCACGAUGGGAAAUGCAACACUGCUGCUGCAACUUGAACAAACUCUACGUGUGGACUCAUUUUCAAUUAGCCAAAGUAGUUGAACUUGAGUUGUUGUUAUUGAGAACAUAGAUCAAACCUGUUGGGCGCCGGAGAGAUUUAAUGCAAUUUGUUAGAGAUCUAUCUCUGGUGCACAACGGGUUUUACGUUGGCCGUCCACAAGAAAGGUGGGCGGCCAUGUUGUUUAUGCACUUUUUUUUUCUGUUGUGCAUAUGCCUGACAGUGUUACGUUCUAUAUACCUCACUGGUCAUGCUUAUGUCUGGGUGGUCAUGGUAGAGAGAGGAGCAGGAAGAGUUUCUAUGGAUCCUUACUCACUAAGGGAUCUGGUUGAAUGUUUCCUUUCUCUGGCGACGUUCCAAGUAAAUGAACCUUGUGGCUCUAGCAAUACCUUACAACAUAAUUUAUAAACUUUAUUUUUUAAAGUUCCUUUGUUUUUUUUUUGUUUUUAUUUUUAGGGACGGCCUUAUGUUUUAAGGCUGUCAGAUGAACUGCCAUGUGUCCUCUAAAAAUAUGUACAUUGGUUAAGCUGUAUUUUUAUAUGAUUGUAUUAAUUAUGUUUUUUAUUUCUAUGCUAAUGUUUAAAUUUUUUUUUACAUAUUUUAUAUUGUACCUAUCUGCUAAAUAAUUUGGUACUUUAUUCUUUUUAAACUGUGUUGUUUUUUUUUUUAUUAUUAUUAUUUUUUUUUAAACCGAUACUUGUUAUUUUUAAACUGGCCAAAAUGUGAAAAUUUAUAAUGGUUCAUAUUGUCCAAAAAUGAAAAGAAUAAAAGAAUUAUUUGUACUUUAA